CCGAACUUUGAUCCUAGCCCUAGCCUUCAACCUGUUUUUAUAUGUGUCGUUGAUGACACGUGGUAUGGAAACUAUACUAUGGAUAUUAAAUGGACAAUUGAUGGAGAUCACAUCAUAACCUACACAAAUGUAUCGUUCACAGACAUUAACGUAACAACAAUUCUAAGGGAAACUGACUGGAUUGAUACACAUCAAAUGAACAUGGAGAUUCAAUGUGCUAUAAAGGUGAAUGAUUCGGGAAUGGAUUCACGACAGUUCAUCUUCAGUCCAGUGUUCAAAGCAGGAAUUUACCCUGAUCGAUUUGAAUAUACCGUUAUGGAAGGGGAGUCUAUCGAUAUAAACUUUACAGCGACAGUACCAGUAGGGUGUAUAUCCUCAAACAAUCUAGUACGUGCUCACUGCGAUCAAAACUUCUACAUAUUUCAAGCUGAUUAUGACAAGAGCACAGUAAAGUGUUCGAACAAUGAUAGCAGUAGGAAUAUAAUCUUCAACCGAGAAUUUUGUGGAAUUAGAGUGAGUAGUCUUGAUUGGGAAGAUACGAAGAGUUUACAAGUUUAUGGAUUCAUUGAUGGUCUUUAUAAUUACCGAGAUCGAGUUACAUACAUUCGAAUAUCUACUUCGUCAACGUCCACUCCAAAUGAAAUUUGGAAAGAUGUUAAAGUUCCAGAUAUAAAAGUGAAGGUCUUGGACAAAGAUGUAGUUUUAAAGAAUAGAAUUUGCCAGUCAUUUAAUGAUCCACAUAUAAGGACGUAUGACGGCCAAUAUUACCAUUAUAUGGAAGUUGGAGAAUUCGUAAUGUAUCGUAACAACAAAGGACCAUACUGGGUUCAUGCUUUAUUCACAAAUUGCGGAAUCGGAUGGUCAGGUUCUUCAUGUCAUUGUGGGAUAGCUAUAAGAAGUCGAAACUCGUUGUUCGUUUUGCGAACUUGUCAGAGUAUAUCCAGAACUCAAAAACAUUUACUGAGUCAACCGAUUACUCUAUUACGACGCUGUGAUGAUUCUGAUAUAAUAAUAGAGCAGACAGGAUAUAAAUACAAAGUAACCCUACCUACAGGAACACAGAUACUAUUUACAAUCUCAUCAUGGUCAAAGUUUAUUACUGGGAUAUCAAUUAAACCUUCAAUCCCCGACUUAGAAGAGGCAAAAGGUUUAUGCGGAUUUCCAAAUACAAUUAAAAACCCCAGUGAUGACUAUAUGCACCGUACAAAAGGUGUAGUAAGCAGCUACAAGGAAUUUGCAGAUUCAUGGAGAAUCGAUGACACGAUGAAGGAUGAACAACUCUUUGUUGAGGAACCAACAUUCUUAUCAGCAGACAUAAGUGUGGAGGUUCACAACAAGACAGCUUUAGCCCUAUAUUGUGUGUGUGACCAAGAAGCCUCAAGCACCGUGUCACUAGAUGACUUCAACAGUCUACACUGCAAUCUAUCUGAAGCUACAGACUACUGCGUAGAAAACUCCCAGUCAUCAACAGGCAGCCUGUCUUCAUUCUAUACUGGUUGCCAAGACCAUGUUAAGACUCGAAAAAGACGAUCCAUGAUAACAAACUCCCCAAGUUCAAUAGAAGGUGAUGAUGAUUUUGAAUUUCAACCUUUGACUUAUGAGAAUGAUGUAUACAACGAAGAAGUGUCUGUUCCAGAUACCUUCAGAAACGGCUGGACAGAGGAAAGUGCUACGCAGUCCUGUUUAGAAAGUAUACAUAAUGCCGUGCCUUCUAAUUUAUACAGCGAUUUUGGAGAUUUAUCAGAGGAGUUUUUCGUUCAGACAUGUAUUAUGGAUGUAAAGUUAGUUGGCGAUAUGACAUUUCUUGCUGACACCAUUGAUGCUAUGGUAACUAGUAUUAUCAUAGAAGCAGUACGUAAUGAAUCUUUGUACAUUGAAGAGACUGCAUCAGGAAACGAGACAAUAUUAACUUAUAUCACCAGUCUUCUUUGUCCUAGCAAUUGCAGCAACCAUGGUAACUGCACAUCAGGCGUAUGCAUUUGCAGCGAUGGCUACAUGGGUAUCGACUGCUCAAGACAGACAUCAGCGCCACCAUCUGGUGUCAGUAUACAGUACAAUGGUGUUUGUUCGAGCAAAACACGAUCGUGUGUGAAAACAAAUGUUUAUGGCGAUUUCCAGUCAACUAUAAUUUGGUAUAAACGAAGGAGUUUUCAGAUUCUGCAAAGUUUUAUUCUGUACACAUCUGAAUUCGAAGCACUCAAAGCUGAGUUUAGAAACGUUUUCAUGGUGACUGUUGAACUUCAGUCAUUAAGACGUAAAAGAUCUUCUCAGUCGACAACUACUCCAGAGGGAUACGAGAUUAGCUUAUCAAACGACGGAAUCCACUUUGGAGAAAAUUUCAGCAUAAUCAUAUACGAUGAAGAUUGCUACUCGUGUAAUUCGACGUCGGUUUCAUGUAUUGCUUCGGAGAUUUGUCAAGCAACAGAAAACAGUAACAAUGGCAAGUAUAAAAUCUUUUGA